UUUUAGUAAAUAACGCGUUUGAUGUCGCUUGUUCGUAAGGCUAACACUACUCCAUUUUGAAUCAUGUUCUGUGUUGCUUCAAAGUUGUAUAAUCUGAUAUAGGUUUUAUGUGAACUUAAUUAAUUAAAUAUUUUCUAAGCAGACAUUGUUGCCUACAUCAUAUAGGCAAACUCAUAAAUAUGUCGGAAACGUUAGAAUUACGUAAAAUUUGUGAUUUGAAGGUACCUGAAUUGCGUUCGGAGCUUGAAAAACGUGAUUUGGACAAAACGGGAGUAAAAGCAAUACUUUUAGAACGUUUGCAAAAGGCACUUAUUGAUGAAGGAGAAAAUCCAGAAAAUUAUGUAUUUGAUAAAUAUGAAUCAUUGAUAUCAGAGAAAAAAUUAUCUCCUGUCACUAAAAAAAAAGAAACCAAAUCAGUAACUCCUACAAAAACUGUAAAGACCAAUGUUGUUGGAAAGAAACCGGGUCCUAAAUCUACUAUAGAUGAAGAUAAUAUACAAGAUGAAGAAUUAGAUCAUGAAGUUGAUGAAGAGGAAAUCAAAGGCAGUACUGAAAAUUUUAAUGAAAUUAAUGACACUGAAAAAUCUAUUCCAGAAAAUAAUAAAGAUGACAAUAAUGAAGAUUCUAUAAAUUUGACGAUUGGAGAAGAUGAUAUUAAAUUAUUUGCUGAUGAGGAAGAUACAAAUAUUGAAAAAGAGGACGAAGUGAUCGAGAACUGUUCCAAAGAAGAAACGUCAUUGAUCAAACAACGUGAAUCUCGUCAUCCUGUUAUUGCUAAUAGCAGUAGAUCAUCAACUGGGUCAGUCAAAAGCCGCCGGAGUACAACUGAGAAACGAUCAUCUGUUGGGGAUAAACCACGCAGUAUCCACAAAGAUGACAAGGACAACAGCAAUGCAAAACCCAUCAUCAGUGUCAGUGUACCCAAAGAUGAGAAGAAAGAAGAGGAGAAACAAGUUAAAGAUAAAGUGGAACCUGGCACUAAGCAGAGUACUGAUUCUAAGUCCCCACAAGUACCAAAUGAUACUUCAAAAAAAAAUAAUACAUCUUUGGUACGUAACAUCUGGGUUAGUGGUUUAUCAUCAAUUACUAAAGCUACUGAUUUGAAGCAACUAUUUUCAAAAUACGGAAAGGUUGUUGGAGCUAAAGUUGUAACAAAUGCAAAAACUCCAGGAGCUCGUUGUUAUGGAUUUGUUACACUAUCUUCAGCCGAAGAUGCUAAUCGUAGUAUUGAAAAUUUACAUAAGACCGAACUUCAUGGAAGAGUUAUAAGUGUUGAACGAGCUAAGCGUGAUAAUGGUUAUCAACAGACAACAAAAAGUACUGAUGUAUCUAAAAUUAGUGAAAAUUCAGAAGCUGAACGUAAAAAUAAAAAGCCGGAAGAAAAAAAAGAUAAACGAGAGGAGAAAAGAGAAAAGAGACCAGAAAUUACAAUUAAUGAUGAUAAAAAACCAGAUGUGCCAAAGGACCAAAAACGAUCAUUAUCUAAAGAUCAAUGCCUAGAAACAAAGCGUUCAAAAAUUGUUAUUGAAAGAGAUGAUCGUAGAAAAGAUAGAAGUAUUAAAAGUAAAAGUAAUGAACGUGAUAGAGAACGGCUAAGAGAAUUAGAACGUGAACGAGAGCGUUUAGAAAGAGAGAAGAGAAGACAGCAAGAGAUAUUAAACUUCACAAAAAUGAAAACUGAACGAGAAAGACAAAAACAAAAAGAACAAGAAAGAGCAAUGAGAGAAGAAGAACGUAAGAGACGUAUUGAAAAAGAACGUCAAUUAGAAAUAGAAAGAAAACAAAAAGAAGAAGCUUUUCGUCUAGAAAAGGAAAGACAAAAACUUAGAAUUGAACGUGAACGAAUCGAAAAAGAAAAGGCUGAAUUAUUACGUUUGGAACGUGAAAAUCAAAGAUUAGAACGAGAAAGAUUGCAAAGAGAAAAGGAAGAAUUGCGUAGAGCACAAGAAAAGCUUGAAGAAACAAAACGCCAGGCAGUGCUUAAACGUGCCAUGCCUCCUUCUCCACCGCCUAGUAAAAGACAUUCAUCAAAUUCAUCCCGUUAUGAUGAAAGAAAAGAACCAGUUCGUAGUUCUCGUGUACAGUCUAGUACAGACUAUAUAAGCCAAGCAGCUCCACCUCCUCCUAAUAUAACUUCAUCUAGACACCGUUAUGAACAGCAUUCAUCAGAUUCUCGCCGUUCUAGACCAUCACCUCCCCCUCCUCCUCCUCCUGCUUCAAGACCUAAGGAUUCUACUGUUAGCAUGAGGUAUGGUGCUCCGCCAGCAACAGAUCACCAUUACAGGAGUCGUGAUGAUCGGUCUGAUCGAAGAGAAGAUUCUCGUAGAAAAGAGUCAUCAAACAGUGGUAGUAGUAGUCUACAUGCUCAUUCAUCAUAUGAUUCAAAUAAAAGUUCAUAUGGAAUGUCAUCCCGUAACAGUGAAAGCAAUUCAUGGUCAUCAGCAGCUGUGAAAAACUCUUAUAAUUCACUUGGAUCAAACUCUGGAUCUAGUAGUAUGGUAUUGAAUACAAGACCAGAUCCAUGGUCAAAUAGUAGUAGUCGUGAAAUAGAAACAAAUGUGUGGCAACGUCCUCCUCAACCACCAUCUGAUAACAGGUGGAAUAGUACUUCAAGUAAUCCUUCUUCUAUGUCAAUUAGUGGACGUAGUUCAAGUAGUAAUCCAUUGUAUGUUAAUAAUCAUCAAGUAAUACCAAACAUGGGAUUAAAUAUGUCUUCAAACUACUCAAGUGAUAAUAGAUUUGAUAGUUACAAAAUGAGCGGUAUGUCACGCAAAUAUUAGAUAUUCUCAUUUAAUCAGAAACUUUUGAUUAAUAAUAAUGUGAAUACUAAAUACUGAGCACAACACAUUCCUUUGUCAUUGUGCCCUCAAACAUAAUUUAAAUAUAUAUAUAAACUAUAUAUAUAUUUAAAUAUAUAAACAAAUAAUGAGUAUCUGUAUUAAU